AUGGCCUGUCCCAUCACCGUCUCCAAGUUUGUCGGGACCGUGUCGCUUGGUCUCCUGACCGGUCUCUCCUACUCGACUUCCUCCAUCACCAUUCCCGCCCUCAAGCUUCUCCCCACCUCUUCCACUGCAUCCCGCUGCCUCCAUGAAGUCAAGCGGUUGAAUCGCAAACAUACUCUCAAUUUCUCCGCUCUGACCAACACAUGUAUCUGUUUCGCAUACUCCGUAUCCCCUCCGCACCGUCAACAUCCCUACAUGCUCUGGAUGUACGUUCUCAACACGCUCAGCUCGUAUGGCUUGGACUACUACUUCAACCGCCACCUCGGUCUGAAGAACUGGGCCAUCGAGGUGAUCUAUGAUACAACGGGCGUGUCCCUGGGUCAACCACCCAGCAAGAGGGAAGAAGAUCUUGUCCUCGUUGAUUCCGAGGAGGAUGUGAACGGGGAGAGCGUUCAGCGCGAGAUGGACCGGGAGCGUCGGAUGCACCUCGUCCGGGUUUGGAUUUCUGGUAUUGCCUUCUCAGUGGGAAUCGUCGGUCUAUGGGGAGAUAAGAAGUGA